UACAUUCUGAAAGUCAAUUCAAAAUGGCGGAAGAAGGCGAAAUUGAUGUUCUUGGAGAUUUUGAUUUAAAACUUGAGGUAGACAGUAACAUGUAUGACAGUAAUGAACUACCAUCAAAGAGUGCUAACUUACUACCGGAAUACACAGACCCACCUUGGAUGCUGGAACAAGGCUGGACUUUAGACAAUAGUUGUAUGGAUGAAAAAUCAAAAGCUACCAUUGAAAAAAUGCUGCUUGAAGAACAAUAUUAUAUAAGUGGUAAGACGGGGAGAGGUAAACAACAGUUGGCUAUGUCUGUUGGUGUUGGACUGGGAAAGAAGAAAGGAGAACAGAAAAAGAUUGUCUGGACAAAGGAGGAAAAAGACAUGUUCCAUAAAGGAAUGGAAAUAUAUGGUAGAAGCUGGACAAAGAUAGCAGAGCUUAUACCAACACGGACAAGCACUCAGAUUAAAAACUUUGCUCAUCAGUUGUUCAGAACAUUAAGUAAAGACAAGGAAGUUUCGCCACCUAAAUCUGAAGCAUCAACUUCAUCAACUUCAACCAGUAGCUCUCCAGUGACUUGUAGCCAGGAUCCACUCACUCUAACUAUAGAAACAGUAACUACGGCAAUGCCAACAGUUCCAAAUCUAGAAAAAUGUAUUCUACCCAGACGUGGGCGGAUACCAUCAAAAGAAAAACGUGUAAUGAAAGGUAAAUCAGCCAAACAAAAAAACCUUGUAUCAAAAAGCUCCAGUAACAAGUUAACUUUUUCCCAGAAUGCUAAGAAAGUUGCACGAAUCAACCAAUUAAAAUGCAAAAGAAAAUCAUGUGAUAAGAAAAAUGGUUUGAAUAAGCAUACAGAGCAUGUUACAAGUCAUAGUACUGGUCAGCUGACAUCAGAUAUUGUGCUGGACAAGAAAUUGACAAUAACUCCAAGUUUGAUAGAAAAUCUAGAUGGAUUUUGUGCUGUUGCUGAUAUUAUUGGCGGAGAAAAUGAUGAGGAAAAGAAUGUGGCCAAUGAGAGUGAUGAUGACAUUCAUAUUGAUAUUGAAAAUGAUGAUACAGAUGUAAACCCUCUUUUGAUUGGUAGGUCCACUUCACCAAACUCUGUGUAUGAAAAGUUACUGAACGAAGCAAAUUUUAAUGAUAGUAAUCAAGUUAACGAAAACACUGACAAUAUUUAUACACAAAGUGGUCAGAUUAUGACUAAAACAGAAGGGAAGAAAAUUGAUAAAGAAACAUUUUUAGAAUGGAAAACAUGUGAAUCUCAAGCAAAAAUAAGUGGAGAAGAUAUACCAGAUAUUGAUGUACAAGCCAAAGUGACGGAAACCAUAGGAAAUAAUACUGAACAGAAUGAAGAACUGAUUCCAGUAAAAAAUGACAUUGUAGUAAAUGAGAAUGAAAGCAGUUCUGUAACAUUGGAGGAUAGAAGUUUCUUAAAGAAGGAAGAUACAGUGAAACAAAUAGACACUCAAAAAGUUCUUGUGAAUGCUUUAGUGAGAGAUGACGGUGAAGUUGUCCAUUUUCCUGUACCAGUUACAGAAAUAAGUUUACAACCAAAGAUGAUAACAGAACAAGAGAAGAGUGUCCUCAAGGAAUUUUUUGAUAACAGACCAUCAAAAACUCCUGAAAGAUACCUGAAAAUAAGAAAUUACAUCAUUGAAUCUUGGAAAAAAUGUCAGCCUAGCUAUUUAAACAAAACAUCAGUGAGACCGGGAUUAAAGAAUUGUGGAGAUGUAAACAGUAUAGGCAGAGUACAUGCUUAUCUUGAAUGUAUAGGAGCCAUUAAUUUUGGAUGUGAGCAAGCAGCUUACAAACAUCCAAGGUCAAUAUUUUCCCUAGUUGGUCGAGAAAAACUGUCCAAAGAUUCUACAUUUGAAGUAAAUUCUGCAAAGUUAGAAGCUAUGAGACCAAGAAAAAGAAAAGUAAAAGAUGCUUUUGGAUUUUGGAUUGAUGAAAAAGACCUUGAGGGAACAACUUUUGAGCAUGGAAUUUUGAUUGAAAGUCAGCCAAAAGAGACAAAGCCAAAACAAAUAAAAACAGCAUAUGAUCCGUUCAAGCUGAUACCAUGUCUUUCAUUUGAUGAUGAAAAUCCUGCACCUUUCCUUGUAGAGAUUCAUUGCUCAGCACUUAUUGUCAUGGAUAUACACAGUCAUAUAUCCAAGACAGAGGUAAUUGGCAUGCUGGGUGGUAAAUUUUGUGCAGAGCAAGGUAAACUUAUCAUUACCAUGGCAACACCAUGUAACAGCAUUAGUACGGGCAUGCAGUGUGAAAUGGAUCCAGUUUCUCAAAACCAGGCAAGUGAGGAGAUCCGAGGGUCAGGUAUGGAAGUAGUGGGCUGGUACCAUUCUCAUCCAACCUUUGCCCCAAACCCGUCAGUCAGAGAUAUUGAAACACAGCUAAAAUUUCAGAAUUGGUUCUCAAAGGGAGGUUGUAAUUUUGUGGGUGUGAUAGUGAGUCCAUACAACAUGAGGAAGACUGGAAUGUGUUCAGAAGUUAACUGCCUUACCAUUAGUAAUGAGAUACAGCCACAACUACAGUGCAAUAUACCAUAUAAAUUCAGUUAUACAACAAAGUUGUGCAAUAUGUCAGAAGUAAACCAUAUUGUGUUGACAGCCCAGGAUCUGGCCACUAGCUACAGUAACUACCAAAACAAGGUUGAUCUUACUUCAAUAUACAACUCAUCAAGGGGAGUAAGUUGUUUAGAAAAGAUGAUUGAAUCAUUGAAGUCGUAUUGUAUAGAGCCAGAGACAUGUCAGCUUAUAGAGAGUGUUAGAAAAGCUUUUACCCCGGUCGUUCCUGCUCAUCAUAACAUACAUCAAGAUGAUACAUGCAAUUCUUUCUCUCAAUCUGAAAAUCCAGAUAGUUCCUCAAAUAUUUCUUGAUACAUGAUUGAUAAGAAUUUGUCACAAAUUGUUUAUAGAUGCAUGUACUAUAUGCAUUUUAAUGUUACAUGUGCUUGAUACAUUUAAAUGUUACAAGUACUUCAUGCAUUUUAAUGUCAAAGUUUGAAGUUUUAAUGAAAAAAUUAAUGAGAAAAAUGAUGUUUUAAAAACA